AUGUUGAGAAACCAGGAGCAGAUUCUAUCCAAGAUUGCUAACAACGACGGCCAUGGCGAAAACUCUGCAUUUUUCGACGGUUGGAAGGCCUACGACUCCGAUCCUUAUCAUCCCACCCAGAAUCCUAAUGGAGUUAUUCAAAUGGGAUUAGCAGAAAACCAGCUUUCCAUGGAUUUAGUGGAGGAGUGGGUGAGGAACAACCCACAGGCCUCCAUUUGCACUCCAGAAGGGGCGAGCCGAUUCAAGGACAUAGCUAUUUAUCAAGAUUAUCAUGGCUUGCCAGAAUUUAGAAUUGCUGUUGCAAGAUUCAUGGAGAAAGUGAGGGGAAACAGAGUCCGGUUCGAUCCAGACCGCAUAGUAAUGAGCGGCGGCGCCACCGGGACUCAAGAAACACUGGCUUUCUGUCUAGCUGACCCGGGCGACGCACUCUUGGUGCCCACUCCAUACUACCCUGGAAACGACCGCGAUCUGACAUGGCGCACGGGCAUCGAGCUCAUCCCCGUUGUCUGCGACAGCUCCAACGACUUCAAGAUGACUCGUGACGCCCUCGAAACAGCAUACAACAAGGCUCAAGAAACAAACACCAAAGUGAAAGGCCUACUUCUCAACAACCCCUCAAACCCACUAGGAACAGUGCUCGACAGAGAAACUUUAUCAAUGGCGAUAAACUUCAUCAACGACAAGAACAUCCACCUAAUCUGCGACGAGAUCUACUCCGCCACCGUCUUCGACGAGCCCGGCUUCAUCAGCAUCGCCGAAAUCUUGCAGGAAUCCCCAGACACCAACCCGGAACUCAUCCACAUCGUCUACAGCCUCUCCAAGGACCUCGGCUUCCCCGGGUUCCGCGUCGGAAUCCUCUACUCGUACAACGAUGCCGUCGUCACCUGCGCGCGCAAGAUGUCGAGCUUCGGCCUCGUCUCGACACAGACGCAGCUGCUGGUGGCGUCCAUGCUGUCGGACGAGGAAUUUAUGGAGAAAUUCCUCGCCGAGAGCACGGCCCGCCUCUGCGCCAGGCGCGGCACGCUGCGCCAGGGCCUGGCGCAGAUGGGGGUCGGCAUCCUGAAGGGCAGCGCCGGGCUCUACUGCUGGAUGGACCUGCGGCGGCUGCUUAAGGCGGCCACGUUUGAGGCCGAGAUGGAACUGUGGCGCGUCAUUGUUAACGACGUCAGGAUCAACGUCUCUCCUGGCGCGUCGUUCCACUGCUCAGAGCCCGGGUGGUUUAGAGUCUGCUUCGCGAACAUGGACGAUGAGACCAUGCGCGUGGCUCUCGGUAGGAUCUCGAAACUUGUUAUGCAAAGUAACAAGAACUCUGAGAGCAGGAAGCCGUGCAGAAGGAGGAGCAAGCUCGAGAUCAGCUUGUCGUUCAGGAGGCUGGACGAGAUUAUGAUGUCGCCUCACUCUCCGAUGACAUCGCCUCUAGUUCGUGCGAGGACUUAG